UCCACAAACAGCGAAACCUGCCCUUUCAAAAGGUAUCCGAAGGUGUUUGCUUCGGCUGCAGUGCUGCAUGUAAAUGAACAAAAUGAGGCGUCUCCGUCCAAUGUGAGUUUCUUAACCAUCUAGGAAAGCAUGGGGUUCGUCGUUCCAUCCGGUAUAGCAUUGUUUGGAUCCCAGGAAGCAAACUGUUCAAGGAAAGGGGAACUUUGGACAGAAUGCUCGCCCAUCACAGGAUUCACACUAUGGGGAAUUUCGAGGUUUUGAUUCGGCAGGACUGAUGCCAGCAAUCGUCGGGGCAGCGAUUUUCCGGGCUUUUAGGUCGAUGAUCCUCUGGAACACGGAGGGGAGACAGCCUUGAGAAGCUCAUCGGACAGGAGGGAAGGAGUGAACUAAAGUCACCUUUUUUCGUUGUGGCUAAAGCACAAAUGCAUUUCUGUGGGGCCGUUUAUUUAGCCCGCAUGCUGCUCAGUGAAUGGCAGCGAUGCAUUCCCUGCGCAGCAUCAAGGGUUUGACUUCCACCUCUGCCUUGUUUGCCUUGAGUUGACGCAUUUUCCGUGUGUUACAUAAGGUUCCUCUGAAAACCUAUUCUCCACAUUCCAAAGACACGUGUAACAUGUGAUUGUGUGUGUACAUGUCCUGCCAAAAACCCCAUAACUAUACCUGUCCAGGAUAAGUGCUUGGAAGACAGAUGGUUUUUAAUGUGGUUUAAACUGCUGAAAGAUUCCCCUUCAUUGAAAAUUUGUACACAGAUGCACACACAUGCAUAUCUGUGCUUAGAUCUUCAGAGAGCUUCACACUGGCUGUAAAUAAACUGAUUCCUAAUUCCACCACAGAUAUGAACUCAUAAUGAACAUGUUUUCAGCAGGAAAGGUUUUUAAAAACAUGCUUUUUAGGAGUACCUUAUUUGUAAGGACAUAUUCUUUAAUUUUGUUUCCAAAGUCAGCAAAAAAUUGUCCACAAACAAGCACAUACACGCGCACACACACACAUACAUACACACACACACACACAGACCUACAGUAUAUUCAUAUCUUUAUGGGGACCAUCCAUUGAUUUCUAUGGGCAAAACCCUAAUCCCAACAAUGACAAUCCUAACCUCUACCCAACCCUAACCUUAACCAUUAGUAACCAAACAAAAUAUGACUUUUUCCAUUUUUAGUUUUUUGAUUGCAUUAACAGGUUUUUAUUUGGUCCCCAUAAUCCAUACACACACACACAAACACACACACACACAGAGCAAGAACAGAAUGCAGUGACAUCUUCGGAAUUUUUAAAGAGCUCAGUGACUUUUCUACAAACACCAAAACUAAAGUACUGAUGCUGAAACAGAUCCGUGGGACAUGGGCCGCAAACGUACCUGUUCAGCCAAAUAUUCGCCCACAGGAGGCCGUGUGUUUUGAAACAAAACACUUUUUCAUUAUUCUUCACUGGAGUCUGAGCUGUUUAUCGAUUUGGAUGGAAAAGGAAGCGAAAUUAGGCCUCUUAACUCUUUUGAUGGCUCGGCCUCGCGGCUCUCUGUUGCUUUUCCUUGUCUUCUGCCCUCUUUUCAUUCCUGCAGAGCAUUGUCAAAGUCAACACACACCCCGAUCAACCCAGAGCUCAUCAGGAAAAGAUCUGAAGCAAAUUAUUCAGCAGCGUUUCUCAUUUGCAUGAUACUGAACUUGCAUGCUAAGUUUACUUUUUUCCCCCUGCUUCAGAACAUGAUUCUUAAAAAAAAAAUCAAAAACCGUUAUCCGAAAGCCCGUGCCCCCCUCCACACACACACCCCCACCUCCAACCAUAGCCCCAUCCUCCAAUCCCACUGGAAAAAGGGGGGAGGGGGGGAAAUACAUGUAUUUGAAUAUAUGUGGAGGCACUGUACUGAAAAAGUGCCGAGUCAGCCGACUGCGCAGCCGUUCUGAAGCAUUAAAGAUUCUUGAGAGUAUAAACAAAUUCACGAUCCUGUCAGGAUGCCGUUAAAAGUUAAAGUUUGAAGUUGGCUUAAGAGUUUGUAGGGACUAGGUAAAAGAAAAUAUUUAAGUCUUAGCUAUAUAUAUUGCAUCGUGCAUAUUCAUGUACAUAUACAUCACUGUCCCAAAGUCUUAGGCAAAGAAAAUUAUGUUUAAAUUAUCUUCAUGUUGGUGUAAAACUAUGAUAUAAUGUCUGUCAGAGUGUGUUAGCUUAACCUAUUCAAAACCUCACCUAAAGUCACCCCAGGUUUUUGCAACAACAAUCCAAUAUACCCAUGAUUUUUUUUGGACUGUACCACUAUCCCACCUUGUACAGCAAAUCAAUACCUCAUCGACUUUCUAAACUAAUUAAAUUAAUUAAUUAAGUGAGCUUCUGGUGAAAUUUAACAAAUACAUGACUGAGGUGCCUCUGAGGAGGGAUUUGGGAACUGAAGCAGAAUUUCUUCUAGCCAUCCAGCAAGAUUUCAGUAACUUUUUUUUACAAAAGCAAUUAGUGUUAGUUUCUAUUGUAUCACUUUGUAUAUGUUAUAAUCUUAAGUUGUUUUUUUUUUCUGAACGCAUGCACAUUCACUACCCAGGUUAACAGUUUUAAACAUUUCCUUUGAGUGACAAAGGCUUUUGCGCAGUGCUGUUUACACCACCAUAAGCAUCAGGAUGUCCUCAUGGGUGUGUUUUAUGCACUGUGUGACCUUUUAACAUUUGUGAAAAUUAUUAAGUUGAACGUUGAUAGAAGCGGCAGGCGUGGUAAGUUCUUAUUUAUCACGUAGAAUUAUUUUUAAUUAAAAACAUAAAACAUUAAAUAAGAUUAAAAUGCAUGAAGCAACGGAUGCUUGAGGGACCCUGGGGGAGACAGUGACCUGCAUCUGAUGUAUCGGACAGCUCCAAGUUGGCCUAUGGGAACCUGGAUUUGCUUGCUUGAUCCUGAGCAGUGAGACACUGUUACCAUUUGUUACUGCAUUUGCCAGCCCAAUUAUCAGCAGACCCAGUGAAACUGAGUUUAGUUGAGGCAGAGUAUGGUGACACAGUGUCAACUGCAUUUUGCUCCAUACCCUUCCACCUGGAGUAUGUCCGGGCCUAACAACAAUAACAUCGGCUCUGACAACACUAACAUCGCCUGUAACAACACUAACACCGGCUCUGACAACAAUAACACUGGCUCUGACAACACUAACACCGCCUGUGACAACACUAACACCGGCUCUGACAACACUAACACCGCCUGUGACAACAUUAACACCGGAUCUGACAACACUAACACCGGCUCUGACAACACUAACACUGGCUCUGACAACACUAACACCGGCUCUGACCACACUAACACCGGCUCUGACAACACUAACACCGGCUCUGACAACACUAACACCGGCUCUGACAACACUAACACCUCCUGUGACAACAUUAACACCGGCUCUGACAACACUAACACCGCCUGUGACAACAUUAACACCGGCUCUAACAACACUAACACCGGCUCUGACAACACUAACACCGCCUGUGACAACAUUAACACCGGCUCUGACAACACUAACACCGGCUCUGACAACACUAACAUCGGCUCUGACAACACUAACACCGGCUCUGACAACACUAACACCGGCUCUGACAACACUAACAUCGGCUCUGACAACACUAACACCGCCUGUGACAACACUAACACCGGCUCUGACAACACUAACACCGGCUCUGACAACACUAACACCGGCUCUGACAACACUAACACCUGCUCUGACAACACUAACACCGCCUGUGACAACACUAACACCGGCUCUGACAACACUAACACCGGCUUUGACCACACUAACACUGGCUCUGACAACACUAACAUCGGCUGGGGCUCUUGCACACUUGCUCCACCACCAGUGCAAAGAAGGUUGAAAAAUUACCUGAGAUUUCUUUGUGACUUAAAGUUAUUUUUUUUUACAAGUUGACCUUUUGCCUUAAACCAGGGGGUUCUUAAUUUUGUGAGUCGAAAGGUAUUGAUUUCCUUUAUUUCCAGGCUUUAUUGUACAGCCCUCAUUGUACUGCUUUCUACUCUGUGAUAUCCGACCAGGGGCUCCGUAAUGGGGGGAAGAUGGGAUGAUUCCAAGGGUCCCUGAGUGACAGGGGCCCUAAAUAAUGUGGAACAUAACUGAAUUGGUCUGGGUUUGGAGCCCAAUAUGAUAUGCUUUCACAGAGCCUAAAAUCUCUGGAGGUGUCCCUGCGUUUGGGUGAGUGAAAGUUGCCUCAACCACACUCACCACACUUAUUAUUGGAUCUAUAUCUUCUAGUCAAAAUGAAUCAUGCACCAAGCAGAGCCAGAAAAACAUGAUAGUGAAUGUAGGUUGGAUCAAAGUGCAAACUUUCUUUAAGGUUUACUAUAGCAGGCUUGUAGAUAAGACAUGUUUACUUUAGAAAUGCUCUUAGAGGUUUUGUUGUACUGAUAUUAGACAAAUAUGCAUAUGCAUUUUUAAUACUUUUAAUUUUCUUUGCUGGGUCUUGCUUACUUCACUCCUCACCAAUACUAAUGUUUUGAAAUGAUUACUAGUCAAAUACUCACAAGUUAUACAAUAUGUACAAUUAAACAAAGGGCACAGAUGUUAUGUGUGAAGCUGAGGAACAGUCAUUCCUGAUGAAGUCUGAAGAUUAGUUUGUAGGUUUUUGGAGAUGUUUGGAGGCACCAUACAAGUUAAAGACAAAAUACAACUUGCAAGGUUGAGAAAGCUCGGGUUAUUCCCCGUCUUGGGCUUGUUGUUCAUGGGAUAAGCUCCCAAUCCUUUGUGGCCCUACAUAGGACAAGGUGGUAUGGAAGAUGGAUGGAUGGAUGAAAAAAAUAAUAAUUGGAAAAUAUUGGAAAGUAAGCUUUCAAUUUUAACAUGGCAGUGGAUAAAUGGAGAUUUUUUUCUUAUAUGAAUUAAUAUUUAUUAGAUACAUAUCGGAUCUAUCUUCCAGCUGUUGUUCCUGGGGCUUAUGCCAGACAGCAAAGGGCACACGAGAGGGGCGAACUAUGGGCAGAAUGCUGGAAUCGCAAGAUACACACAUCACACAUUACAGGCAAUUUAGAUACACUAAUGAACUGCAUGUCUUUGGACUGAAGGAGGGGACCUGCAUAAUAUGGGAAAACAUGCAAACGGAACCCAGACACCACCCCAUGUUUGUUUACAAUAAUUGUUAUUCAUUAUGUGUAGCAUAAUGUGGAAAUCUGAGAAUAAAUGAGGUUUUAUAGGGUAUCCAUGCGUGUAGUGCUGUAUUCCUGUACGGUCAGACUGUGGCAUUGGAAAGACAUUAUGCAUUGUUUGUUUGACCAUUAAAUUAGCAAGGCAAUGUAAAUGAAGUGCAACAGAUUGUGUAAGCAGCUCCGCUUAUAUGGAACUCGUUUGCCUGCCCUCCUUCACUUGACAGUUUUGUUGUGUUUGCAAUAACAGUAAUAAAACAUCUACGAGGACCCCUGGUGGGCUGCUGAGGGAAACUCUGAUGCUGUGUCUGUGGCUUUAAUGACG